CUGGUGGCGAUAUCAUACAUCGCCAACAAGUUACUGACACAGAGAAAGUUGCAGGUGUCUUAUUUUGAUUGCCUCAGCACGCGCGUGGUCUACCACGAGACGAAGCUGAUUUAUGCAGGCUUGGUCAUGGUGGCGCUGGAGUUGGCGGACUGCAUCGUAUUCGUGCUUUUCCGGCCGAGAUUUCGGAUCGCCUUCGUGGCGAGAACUGGGCUGUUCUGCAUGAUGCCCCAGCUGUUGAGCCUUUUCAGGUGCAUAUUCAAGAUCCUUGGCGAGGUGGUCACAAUCAUGGCGUUCUACGUGGGCUCCCUGCUCCUCUUCUCCUGGAUCGCCGUGGAGCUGUUCGCGAGCGCCGAGGGCGAGGUGCAGGGCUGGUCGGGGGAGAAGACUCCUCUGAUCAACGUCGGCCUCGACACGUUCGGCAACAGUUUCAACACCCUGUUUGUGGCCGGCUCCACGGCCGACUUUGUGUUUGUGCUCCUGCCGACGUACACGGCAUUCCGCGCCAGCGGCAUCUUGUGGGGCCUCUUCCUGGUCUUCGUGAAGUUCCUGCUCCUCAACUUGGUGCUUGACACUCUGGUGAGCGCAUACAAAGACUUUACCGAGGCACUCGGCGAGGAGCUCAUUGACCAGAAGAAGAAUGGCGUCAAGGGGGCCUAUACCACGCUCGCGAAGGCCAUCCGGGACGAGGGCGUUUCCAAGAGGGAGCUGGACGAGACGCAGAUCCCAGAGGAUGUGUUCAUCGAUCUCAUCCACCAGCUCGGAAGGUCUCCCAUGAUGCGAACCCUCAAGGACGCGGAGGCCGAGGUAGUGUUUAAGGCAGUCGACAAGGAUAACAGCAAGCUGAUUGACAAGCUGGAAUUUGAGAAGAUCGCCCUGGUCCUCGAGUACGACUUCUGGAUCACGCCCAUGAAGUCCCCGCUCGCGCAGUACAUCGAGAACCAUUACAUGGGGGCGUGGCCUCCGGCCUGGGCAGGUGCACCUCGCUGGGUGCGUGUAUUUUUAUGGUUCCGACGGCACUACAAGGACGGGAACUUCAAUUGGUUCAUGAACUAUGUUCUGCUGGUCAACCUUACGCUCGUGGUGUGCGAGUCCAUCUACGAGUACAACGGAUGGGAUGAGCCUGGUUACAUGGAAAAUUUGGAGCUCACCUUCUCCUUGGUCUACGUCGUAGAGGUUGCACUCCACCUAGUUGUUAUCUCAUGGGACGAGUACAUCUCGUUCCGCUCCAACCAGUUUGAUUUUUUUGUUACUUGGCUACUGUUAUGCUCAUCGAUAUUUGAUGAGACGUCCUCCGGCUUCGGCGGGGACCCGAAGAGAUACAUCAACAUAUUGCGUUGUUUGAGGCUUCUGCGUGUCGUGAAGCAGGUCCUGAAGAUCAAGGAGGUCCAGACCAUGGUCGAGGCGGUCUCCACGAUAGUGACCGCCUCCAAGGAGAUCCUCUCACUCCUGUGCGUUUUCAUUCUUUUCUACUCUGCGCUGGGCGUGCAGAUGUGGGGUGGCCUCCUAUAUGAGGGCAACAAGCGUCUAGAGGAAACCGAGUACGACGAGAAGGACUGGUAUGUGCUGAACUUCCAAGAUGUGCCAAUGGCUGCCGGCGUUUGGGUAGUUUCCCUGAUUAGCGAGUACAUCCAGGACUUCCCCGACGCCCUGCGGAGAGUGUCCGGCUGGCCAGUUCUUUCGAAGAGCAUCUUCAUUAGCUUCUACAUAUUGUCCGUGUGCAUCAUCUUCGAGUUGGUGAAGGCUUUCACUGUCGAGGUCUUCAUACGACUGAAGGCGAAGCAGAAAUUGGCCAUGCAAAACGGGCAGAGCGAAAAAAACGUCGCUCUCAAGGAGGUAAAGGACGAAUUUGGCAAACAAGGCCAAAUCCUUCACUUCCGACUGCCGGGAGACCCUAUGGUUCAGGAAAAGAUGGAAGAAAUACUGGGAGAAGUGGAGGAGAAAGUCAAAGAGGAACACGACCAGGCGGAGCACAAGAGGGCCGUCUCGCAGGGCCAGGACAAUAUUCACAUUGGGAAGCCGCAGGACGUCGCCUCUUGA